AUGGCCGUCGCAGGACUCAUUUCUACCAAGUUCGGAGAACGCGGUCCAGGACACUUAUGCAGAACGUCCCCUUAUUCUCGGGAGAUGCCCCCGCGUAAUACCCAAUGGCUCUUAUCGGCCCACGACAUCAAUAUCCUUGUAGACGAGGGUUGGACUCACUGUCCCAUUCCGAAGUGUGGCUAUACGCAGGAGCGACGGCGACCCGCAGACUUCAAGCGGCACCUUGAGACGCAUUGCGGGAAGAAGUAUGUGUGUUGUGGAGAACCAGUGUACUGGGAAGUCGGUGUCAAGGGGCCCAUGCAUGGCGGAUGUCGCAGACGGUUCUGCAGAAUCGACGCGCUCCAACGCCACCUCGAGAAUCCAAAGAUGGGAUGCCGAGGAAAUCUUUAUAUUGCGGAGGCGUACCGUGAAUAUCUUAAUGAUACAAAUCCGUUAACAGAUGAAAUUGUCCGCGUCUUGUGGAAUUGUGCUUCGAGGUUGCCCCGUGAUUGGACGUCUGCAGCUUCUCCGCCGACAAUGCACAACAGACGAUCGUUCUUAUCACGGAAGGCGUUGGCCUAUGUGGACGAUUCAUUUCCACACGUUCGUCGCUUCUUGGAUGGUUACGGAAACUGUCUUGUGGUUGACCUCCAGGCUAGGGAGAUACUGACCAAGGUAUGGUUUGUACUGAAAAGGGACGGAUGGACAUUCCAAGAAAAUCCAGGAUUAUCGAGUCUCGAAGAUGUCGUACCUGCCCAAAACAAAUGUAUGCUCCAACUUGAUGUUCCCGAAACUUUGCACGAGGUCUUGAUCAAGGAAGAAAACAUUUUCGCAGAGUUUGGCACAUUCCUUAGGUAUGAAUCCGCAGGUGAAGCUCAAACAAAUCAGCGAAAAUGUACAACUCUGGCUCACACGCGCCAUACGCUGCCAGCGUUCUAUGAGGUUAUUUGCAAGGUAUCUCUCCCGUUAAGGACGGAGAUGGCCUACUUCAGACGUGACACGCUCUGUUAG